GGGUACCAGGGGGCGGAGCCAGCGAGCUGCAGCAGCUGUCCAUGGUCGCAUAGUGAGAGUCAGAGAGGGUCCGGGUACGUGCGAGAUGCUGCCAUAGUCACGCUGCACAGCCUCACAUCAGAACCACUCCGGAUCGGUAUUCCUAUUGAGCAACAGAGCCGACUGAAAGCCUGUGAGGCAUCAUGGCUGAGCAGCAGAGGCAGCGCUCUCUGUCCACCGCCGGGGAGUCUCUCUACCACGUCCUGGGGGUCGACAAGGUGGCCACAUCGGAGGACAUCAAGAGGUCCUACAGGAAACUGGCGCUAAAGUUCCACCCUGACAAGAACCCAGACAAUCCGGAGGCAGUGGAAAAAUUCAAAGAGAUAAACAACGCCCAUGCCAUCCUGAAUGACCCCACGAAGCGUAAUAUUUACGAUAAAUACGGCUCUCUGGGACUGUAUGUGGCUGAACAGUUUGGAGAGGAGAAUGUUAACACUUACUUUGUCCUUUCAAGCUGGUGGGCAAAGGCUCUGUUUGUAUUCUGUGGCCUGGCCACUGGAUGCUACUUCUGCUGCUGCCUGUGCUGCUGCUGUAACUGCUGCUGUGGACGAUGUAAACCUCGGCCUCGGGAGGGCCAGGAGCAGGACUUCUACGUGUCCCCCGAGGACCUGGAGGCUCAGCUGCAGUCUGACGAGAGAGAGGCUGCUGGGGAGCCCAUAGUGCUGCAGCCGUCGGCAACAGAGACGACUCAGCUAACAUCGGAUGGGCACUACUCCUACCACACCGACACCGGCUUCAACUAACCCCUCCGCUCCCGUCAGUCCCCGAAUGGGAUCCUGCCUGCUUCCCUGCUCCACCUUCGUGAGAUGAAAGAAAAAG